CUUCGCUUUCUUUUUCAUUCAUCUGACGACGAAGGUGGAAAGAAAGCGGCCGAAGGCGCAGUUGCGAAGAGUCAAAGCGACGUUUUCAUUUUGCAUUUGAUUUUUUCUCCAAAAAUUCGGGAUUAAUUCGUGCGAUUUCGGAUUCUUCCAUCUCAGGACUAUUGGCUUAGGCAGAACAAUCUUACUCAGUAGAAAAGUGACACCAAAGAAGACCUCUUUAGGCAAUGUUACUGGCUUGUUGAUAUGGAUUCUGCAAGGAGUUGGUUCCAAAAAUUCCAACCUAGAGACAAGAUGAAGCCUGGGGUCUCUGGGGCAACCAAGAAUAAGGAGUCAGAGAGUUUUCAGAAGCCCCCAAUUGAUGAGGCACCUUCAAACAUCACGAAGCAGAAGGUUGCUGCUGCUAAGCAAUAUAUUGAGAAUCACUACAAGACCCAGAUGAAAUCCUUACAAGAUCGAAAAGAGAGGCGGUGGAUCUUGGAGAGGAAGCUUGCUGAUGCUGAAGUUACUGAGGAGGAGCAGAGCAAUCUUUUGAAGUACUUGGAGCAAAAGGAAACUGAAUACAUGCGUCUUCAGAGGCACAAAAUGGGAGUUGAUGAUUUUGAACUGCUGACAAUUAUUGGGAGGGGCGCAUUUGGAGAGGUGAGACUUUGUAGAGAGAAGACCACAGGACACGUCUAUGCAAUGAAAAAACUUAAGAAGUCUGAAAUGCUUCGUAGGGGCCAGGUGGAGCAUGUCAAAGCUGAAAGAAAUCUUCUUGCAGAGGUUGAUAGUGCUUGUAUUGUGAAACUCUAUUGCUCUUUCCAAGAUGAUGAGUUUUUGUAUCUCAUCAUGGAAUAUCUUCCUGGUGGAGAUAUGAUGACAUUACUGAUGCGCAAAGAUACAUUGACAGAAGAUGAAGCCAGAUUUUAUGUUGGACAAACAGUAUUAGCUAUUGAAUCUAUUCACAAACACAAUUAUAUUCAUAGGGAUAUAAAACCUGACAAUUUAUUGUUAGACCGAAAUGGUCACAUGAAGCUCUCCGAUUUCGGACUGUGCAAGCCUUUGGAUAGUAGUAGCUUUCCAAAUUUGAGCGAGCCUGAGUAUGCCGUGGGACGCAACGUAACUCCUACAUCCAACAGUGAUAAGCGUUUCUCGUCCCCUGCACCCAGGCGUACACAACAAGAACAACUAUUGCAUUGGCAAAAAAACAGGAGAACAUUGGUGCCUAUAUUCUACUGUUUGGAAACACCGCCAGAUUACAUUGCUCCUGAAGUUCUUUUGAAGAAAGGAUAUGGAAUGGAGUGUGAUUGGUGGUCUCUUGGAGCAAUAAUGUAUGAGAUGCUUGUCGGUUACCCUCCAUUUUAUUCUGAAGAUCCAAUGUCAACCUGUAGAAAGAUUGUUAAUUGGAGAAAUCACUUAAAAUUUCCUGAGGAGGCAAAGCUUUCACCUGAAGCUAAAGAUCUCAUUAGCAAACUGCUCUGUAAUGUUGAACAGAGGCUUGGAACAAGGGGAGCCCACGAAAUAAAGGCACAUCCAUGGUUUAAAGGUGUCCAGUGGGAUAGACUAUAUCAAAUGGAAGCUGCUUUCAAGCCAGAGGUGAAGGAUGAGUUGGACACUCAAAAUUUUGAGAAAUUUGAGGAGUCUGCAACUCCAAUGCAAACUUCUUCAAAAUCUGGCCCCUGGAGGAAGAUGCUUUCAUCCAAAGAUGUGAAUUUUGUCGGUUACACUUACAAGAACUUCGAGAUUGUUAAUGACCAUAACAUCGCUGGCAUUGCUGAGCUGAAGAAAAAGAACAAGCCAAAAAGACCAUCUAUCAAGACAUUAUUUGAGUCGGAAGCAGCUCCCGAUGAGGCUGCCCAAGGGAGUUUCCUCAAGAUGAUGCCUACACAUAUGGAGGUUUCUGAAAGCCCCGAGCCAUCACCUCACUCCAGCAAACCACCACCUUACCAACCCCAAUCUCGACGUAGAUAGAAAAUGGUAUUUAUGAGUAACUGGUCAUAACCGAAGAAUCCAAGAGCAGAGGGGGGAAGAAAAAGGAAUUCUUCCAUCGGUGCUCUACUCUACUGUUUAGUCUUUGGUCCCAUUUAUAUGUCUGUUUAACAGACCAUUCAUUCCUCUUCCUUCACCUAUCUUCCAUCACCUAGAUAAAGGUGGGAGGGGUAGAGGUAUGGAUUUUGGUCCCUCACUGUAAAUUUGUGCUUAUCACUCGUACCGUUGAAUUCGGGUUCUAAUUUGUUACAUUGUUUUUCCGGUUGAACAUGAAAAGCGGUUAUUCUUUCAUUCAGAACCUAGAUCAAUGAUGGUCAGUUUGUAAUCUGAAGGCAUAUGUGUCCUGCGAAGCAAACCUAUGAUGUGAAUGGGCGAGAACGCAGCAGUUCAGUAUGGAUAAGUUGUUUGUAAUAUAUUUUUGAAUGAUCUUUUUCGUUGUUGUUUAAAUACAACUUAUUGUAGAGGCAUCAUUUAUUGAUUUC